AUGGCUAUGAAGAUUUUUUUGGUCGCUUUCUUUCAGCUGAUGACAAUUCUCUUUCGUGUGCACGGCAGGAACUACAGUCUAUCACACGGCUGGGAAGUAACGAACAACAAUCAGCUUCUGGAAUUGCAAGGAUCACAGGCCAAUGCCAGUUAUCGGCUGCUCCGAGCAGGUGACAGUCCUCUCAUGAGCCAGAGCGGAAGAUUUGGCUUGUCUUUCUUUCGAUUCCACAACUCGGCCGAGUUCUACUUUGCUUUGGUUCUUGGCUCCAGCAACAACACGAACUCUGGCGUCUGCGUCUGGGCUGCAAACCGGGACAGUCCUGUGACAGAAAAUGCUACCGUUCGUGUGACCGGUCAGGGAGCUCUGGAAGUUGCCGAUUGGGAUGGGAAGGUUGUAUGGAGUUCUCCUGGUGGAGUUUCUGAGAUGGAGCUUCGAGACACUGGGAACUUUGUCCUCUACAACUCCACGGGUGGGAUCUCCUGGCAGAGCUUCGACCAUCCUACAGAUAUCCUUUUAGAAGGACAAGUUAUGGUAACUAAGCAGAGACUUAUCAGCAGCGCCAAUUCAUCAAGUCUUGCUAGCGGGAACAUAAAGAUGGAAGUUGAGCCGAGCGCCAUCGACGAGCAACCCUUCCCAGCUCUGCAGCGCUCCUCUCACAGCAGUACUCGGGAACAGCAGCGAUGA